GGAUGGAUGGAUGGAUGGAUGGAUUACAAUAGGUAUCACAUUGUUAAUAUUCAGUUAUAUUUGCCAAAAAAGCUGAACAAUUUUGUGAGUUUCAAAAAGCAAAAAAAUAAAUUCAACAUUGCUCAGCACUUUUUCAAGUAUUUUUAAAAACAAAAAUAUGAUGACACUAGUAGACACCUCUUUGAAAACAACACAUUGUUCUGAUGUGAAAAAUUUAAAUGGCACCCCAUUAAUUCAUGUAAUCUGUCAGAGAAUGGUGUGGGGGAUUACGUUGUAAACUCAAAAAUACAUUUGGCUAUUUUUUGCAUUAAAAAACACCGGCCGUCUGUUUGGGAAGAGGUUUAUUAGCAGAUGAUAUUUUUUUUUGAUUGAUAUUUUUCAUCACAAGAAAUAAAAACUGCAAUGCCCAGAAGAGUACACAGCUUAAGAGAUGUAAACACAUACCAGUACAGUACUUCAUUCACACCGUGAUGACGUGAUGACUGCAAUUCAUAUUUUUUUUUUCCAAAUUUGUUUGACGGUCAUCUGGUGAUGUUGUCAACCUAGUAUGUUUGUAACAAAAAUUUGUUUAUUUUAUCAGAAGUGCGGUGAGGGAAAAAAAAUAUUACUGGUUGUGUGUAGUCAUAACAGAGCGUGUCUCUUCCUCAUAUGGUGGGAACACCGUAUUUGUUUGUGACCAACAAGCGUGACAAUCAAUGACCGUGUGCACUGAAACCAUGGUUCGUUUUUUUUUGGGAGGGGAGGGGAUAGAUUCCUUGCAUUGUCAUGCAGAGUUUUGCUUUAACCACAUUAUUUGCAUGUUUUAAAAAUCCCAACUUCCCGCUACAGUUGCAGUACCAGUAUAUAUGCCAUAUGUACAAGGUAAGUGAUAAGGAUGACUUGAGUUUUCUAGGUAAGCACUUCUUGGUAAUUAAUGUUUAUCCUGUCAGCAUUUACAGCUAUUUUAAUAAUAUCAUAAAGGCAUGCUAUAUUACCGGUUCUCUGCAGCCACACACGAUGAAGAGAUUAGAUGUUAUGACCUUCAAAAAUCCUUCACAUAAGUGUGCCCUCCUCUCAAUUAGGUCCUGGGUAAUUAUGCUGUUGGUUUUUAUUCCAGACCUGCUGUGUCUGACCUAUCAGCUCCUUGCAGCACCAUCACGAUAAACUGCUCUCAACCGAACCAACUGGCGCUGCUGGAGGCCCUGAAGCCGAUCUUUAAGAUGGGCCUCAUAAGGCCAGUCACAAACAUGACAACCCCCACCAACGUCAGCUUACACUUCUUGCUUUAUGGAAUAUUAGGAGUGGAUGAGAAAGCCCAACUCCUGACAACUUAUCUUUGGCAACAUUUUCGGUGGCAGAAUGAGUUUGUCAGUUGGGACCCAGUCCAGUGUGGCACUGACAAGAUUUCUCUUCCCAGACAUAAAUUUUGGGUUCCAGAUCUUAUCAUCCGAGAAUUUAUGGAUCAAGAUAAAGCUCCAUUUGUUCCCUAUUUGAAUCUGCACAGCGAUGGAAAAAUGCAUGACUCAAAACCAGCCAGAGUUGUCAGUACAUGUAACCUCGACAUCUACACCUUCCCCUUUGAUGUACAGGACUGCACACUUACCUUUGGCUCCUUCAUCAACAUGGCAAGUGACUUGAAGUUGUCCCUAUCGACGUCUGAAGAUUUUAUCACAGCGAGAUCCAAGAGUGUCAUGACCACUUUAGGGGAGUGGGAGUUGCUGAACAUUACUGCCAUAAAGGAGAUUUAUCAACAUGACAGCGAGGAUGCCUAUGUGGACAACCUUCAGUUUCAUAUCAUAUUGCGACGCAGGUCUACGCUGUACGUGGUGAACCUGCUUAUCCCCAGCAUUUUCCUUAUCACAGUGGACCUAUUUAGCUUCCUGCUACCUAUACAAAGUGUGGACCGCUCCUCCUUCAAAAUGACCCUCAUCCUGGGCUACACCGUCUUCCUGCUCAUCAUGAACGACCUGCUGCCUAUCACGGGGAACAGCAUCCCCAUCAUGAAUGUGUUCUUCUCUUUGUGUCUGGCUCUGAUGGUGGCCAGUCUCCUGGAGACGAUCGUCAUCACCAACUUACUUCUCACCUCCCAAAAUGUCUCUCCUGUUCCUCGCUGGAUCCAUGUGCUUGUUCUGCGCAUUCUAGGUCGUCUUGUUGGUCUGCCUUGGGAACAAGUCAAAGAUUCAGACACAAGAGGCAGCAGUGCGUCCACACACCAUGGAGCUGAAGACGACCCUCAUGAGGAGAAAAGACAAGCAGUGCAGGACAGGGCAGUGCAGGAGCUGAAGAGCCUUGGUGGAGACCUGAAGGUCCUCCGGCAGCAGGUGGAGCAGCAACUGGGGAGCAGCUGGAGCUCGAAGGAGUGGAUCCAGAAAGUCAAGCCUUCGAUGGUUCUCUUCAUCUUCGUCUCGCUCUUCAUGCACGCGUCAUGCAUCUCCAUCAUGUCGAACUGCUCUCGCCCGGAUAGCCCCGCUCUCCUGGAGGCUCUUAGGCCUGUCUUGAGCCUCAGCUCCAUUCGACCCGUUGUGAACAUUUCAACUGCCACGCUUGUCAGUGUUGACUUUGUCCUAAUUGGCAUUCUCGGUGUGGAUGAAAAGGCUCAGGUCCUGACAACAUUUAUCAUCCAACUGUUGAGGUGGAGAAAUGAGUUUAUUAGCUGGGACCCAAACGAGUGCGGUGCCCAAUGGAUUACAAUCCCAAGAAAAGUGCUUUGGGUCCCCGAUAUUGUCAUCAAUGAGUUUAUGGAGAGGAACUCGGCUCCGUUCACGCCAUACACAUACGUGUAUCACGACGGUUUUGUGAUGGAUCUCAGGCCUGUCCGAGUGGUGAGCUCCUGCAGGCUCGACACAUACACCUUUCCAUUUGACAUCCAGAACUGCACUUUAACCUUCAACGCUUACCUGCAUCUUUUUCCUUCUAUACAGAUUGGCCGCUUAAUGUCAACAGAGCAAAUAUUCCAAUAUUCCCGAAGUUUGAUGACAACUAUGGGUGAAUGGGAGCUGAUUGGAAUCAAAGCCGUAAAACAGAAGAUACAAUCUUCAUAUGGUGGAUUUUACGAAGAGCUUCGCUUCUUUAUUUCGGUGCGGCGCCGGUCCAUGCUGUACGUGGUGAAUCUUCUGAUGCCCUGCUGCUUCCUUAUCACAGUGGACCUCUUCAGUUUUCUGUUGCCUCCUCAGAAGGUGGACCGCUCCUUGUUCAAGAUGACCCUCAUUUUGGGCUACACGGUCUUUCUGCUCCUCAUGAGCGACCUGCUGCCCAUCACUGGAAACACCCUACCCCUGAUAAAUGUGUUCCUGUCUCUUUGUCUGGCUCUGAUGGUGGUGAGUCUUCUAGAGACCAUUCUCAUCACCAAUCUACUACACAACUCUGCUCACUACUCAGAGUGUCCUCGCUGGAUCCGAUUGUUAAUCAUCCAAAUAAUGGGCCGCAUGGUUCUGCUUUCUCCAAAGCCCACACAAGUGGCCCAGAUCAUCCGAAAUCCUUGCACACUAGAAAUGGAUGCAUUCACUCAGAGCAGAGAUGAAGUAGACCCCCAAACACCGGGAGGCCCGCUGGGCCAGGACAAGGCUGUGGAAGAGUUAAGGAGCCUGGGAAGGGACCUCCGAGUCAUCCGGAUGAAAGUGGAACAGGAGCUGGAUGUCAGCCAGAGCGCACAGGAGUGGAUCCAAGUGGGUUUCAUCAUCGAUCGCCUGCUGUUUGGCAUUUACAUCAUCUUCAUAUCUGUCAGCUUCAUCAGCAUCAUUGUUGUCUGGUUCAACUCAUACAAACCAUCACAAUUUGCUGUGCAUUAAUGCCAUGUUUGGAUGGACUGUCCUGUUAGUAUAUUAGUUGCUUGACAAUGUAGUAGCAGCAUAGUGCAUCCGCUUUUAAAGCAUAUUAUUACUCAACCCUAGU